AUGGCUUCCAGAAUCUUGCAGAUCACCGUCGCCGCUUUUGCCUUCACCACGGCGGUCAGCGCAAUCCCUCAGUCAUACCCCAACAAGUGCGGCGACCAGGUUUGCCCAAGCGACAAGCCCAACUGCUGCGCCGUCAACGUGAAUGGCGUCGAGGAGCUCGGCUGCUUUGCCGUCUGCCCCAACCCGCCGCCGCCGUCGCAGCAGCUUCAGCAGAGGCAAAGCCAGGGCGUCGAGUGCGGCGACUCCAUCUUUUGCAAGCCCAACCAGCUCUGCUGCGCCGUCAUCUACAAUGGCGUCGAAGAGCGAGGAUGCUACGACGGCCCUCAAUGCCCUCCUCUCAACCCGGCCACCACCAUGACCACGACAACCGCCGCCUCUCCCGCCGCCACCACCGGCCCCAAGUGCGGCGAUUCCUUCUUCUGCCCUGUUGGCAAGGUGUGCUGCCCCAACAAGCUCUAUACGUGCGCCGACACUGUCGACCAGUGCCCCCAGUAA